AUGUUGUCAGUAAACCAAAUUUAUUCAUAUUCCUCCACUCAACAUAAUUCAAAUAAAUUGGUAAUACCUAGAGCAAACACAACUUCUGACCUGUUUAAUGUGGAUAAUUUUAUAAAUAUAGAUAAUAACAAUAAUUAUAAUUUUGGCAGUAAUGGUAGUAGUGGAGUAUUAAAAAGAAACGGUAGCAUAUCCAACAAUUAUAGAAAUAAUAAUAAUAAUAACAAUAAUUAUAACAAUAAUACUGGUGGUACUAUUAGUAAUGCUCGCAAUGGUAAUGUUAAGAGGAGUCAGGAUCUACAUAAGCUAGCAAUUAAGAAUAAUAUGUCGAUAAGAAGAUCAAAUACUCUUAAUACUCCAGCUAAUAUGGUUAAAAGAUCAAAUUCAUACAAGCAAAAUUAUGUUAAUACCCCUAUAUCAAGACAAUACCCACCCGUCAGAAAUCAUACAAUAAAUUUGUCUUCCCAAAAAAGAUAUUCAAAAAUAAAUACCUACGAAAAUUUUGAAAGAUUACAAAUAAAUGAUUAUACACUUAAAAAUACACUUUAUAAUAAUCAUCAUCAUACUAAUAGAAUAAAAGAAUUAAGUCCUUUGCAGAUUCAAAGAAAUAGAAUGAAAUCUUCUUUUGUAUUUCCUAAUGGGGAAAAGUUCACUCCUAGAGAAAUUCAUUCUCCUGUUAAAUUUAAUCCGGCGCAAUCAUCUAACAUCACAACUAAUGCUACUACUGUUAGUAGUAGUAGCAAUAAUACUUCCGACACUACUAUUCAUCUUCAGAAAUCAAAUGCACAAUCAUCUGAAACAAAAUCAACUUCAAAGAAAUUCGGAUCCUUUUGGAAAAAAUUGGUUGGUAAGGAUAUUAAUAAAGUAAAGGAUAUACCAAGUAUAAAAAUAACAGAACCUCCAUCAUCAGUUAUUUGUGGAAAACAAACUGUAACUUCAGAAAAACUGGACAAUUUACAUCUAACUAGUCAAAUUGUUAACACUAACAAUAGUAAUAAGAAUACCGACAGUAUCGAUGACCCACAUUUGCAUUCCCUUACAACCAUUUCCUCCACAGAUAAGGAUCAAGACGAUUUUGAUUCUUCUAAAUUAAUUGAAAGAUUGGAAAAAUCUUGGGAUAUUGUUAAUGUAGAUUCUCCUAUUUCAAUUCUAAAUGACUCCAUAAUUGGUUCCUAUAUUUCUAAGGAGAAUCGGAGUGUUAGUUUUGCUACAGAAAUAUUUGUUAAUGACACAUAUUCCUCUGAAGAAUAUCAUAGAGCAGAUCCAGAUACUCUGACAGAUAAGGAUAGGAAAAUGGUAUUUGAUAAUGAAUUUGGGUUUAUUGAUGAAGUUAAAUAUGAAUUAAAUCAGUAUAAAAGAAAAGAAAUGUUAAUUCAUAUUGAUAGUAUUAAAUUUAUCCAAUUUUCUAGAUAG